CUGCCGGAGCGGUGCCCAGUGCCAGCGAUGUACCCGCUAUAGGGCAGUGGGGCUGGGAGACUGCAGGGUUUGAUUCCCACCCAGCCAUGGGACACCCAGCUCCUACGUGUUGCCCUGGGAUGGAUUUUUUCUUCUGUGAAAAAAUUAUUUUGUGCUUUUGCUGGUGUACGGGGUGCUGAUGUCAGGAAAGAGGAUGUUCAGGUUCGGAAACCACAGGGCAGAUCAUGUGGGCGGCUCUGGAGAAGUAGUCAUGCAUGGAAAAAGGGAAUUUAAUGCAUCUUGGCAACUUCCACUUCGGGGCAUUUCCGCAGUGCCUGGGUAUGCCCUUGGGUAUGCUGGUUCUGAUACUGCCCUGUCCGGUUAGAACCAGCCCGUGGAGAAAGUGAGACGACAGCAGACCAGUAUUGUGGACGUAGAGGUCACAUAAAACUGGAAUUCUUUCAGAGUAAGCACACUGCUACUCUUCUGUUGAAAAUGGUGGAGCUGGGCUCUGCUGUUUCCCAAAACAUUCUGUUCCCAGAUGUGACCCACCCAGGUGAUUUUAGGAGUUAUAUCUGGGAUCUAGCUGCAGUGACAGGACAAUCACACCCCAAAGUGUGUUCACUGCUUUGCAUCAUCACAGUGAUUUGUAUUUCAUAUUUUUUGAAAAGCUAAGAGACACAUUGGAUGUGAUGGAGAAAGUCACUAAAUUGGAUCUACAUCCUAAAUAAUUGGGUUAUUCAGCUUGUAAUUAACUGGGCUUUGUGUGCUGGUCUUAAAGAGCUGCUGUUAUUUCCUGGUCUAGUGGGGCUGAGGCUGUGGAUCUCUUCCUUCACCUCAAGUAGGAAACCUGAUUUUUGUCAACUAUGCUUGUAAGAAUGUAGAGGAGUUAAUGCAAUUGCCAUGCUCCUGCUCAGUGGUUCCAAUAGGGAUGCGCUUAUAUUUCCCAAAAAUCCACCAAGAUUGCAACUAAUGGAAAACAAUCAAAGGUUUUUACAACUUAUUUUUAAAUGGGUAAUUUUUUUUUUAUUUCCCAAAGCUGAAGAAAUUAUAUACCCUUCAUUUCAGUUUUAGGCAUGGAGAAAAUUAAGCUUCUGUUGUGAUUACAAGCUUCUUUCCAAGCUGAUGAAUGUCCCUUGCCAGAAGUAGUUACCAUGUCUGCUUGGGAUCUGCUCACCAUUUCACUGGAAUAUGGUGCACCAAGUUGAAAAGCUGUAAUUCACAUACCUUGAAAAAUGCUGAUAGUUUGAAAAAUAUUGGUACCUGCCACCUUUUUGGAAAGCAUGUGUUUGUAGGAUUGAUUUUUAAAUGCAAGAACAUCAUCAGUGCUAUUGUUCAUAGUGCCACCUCUAUGUAUACCUACAAGGCCAAACUUUUAUUAAUGAGCUCAAAUGCAACAUUACACAAUUCUCCAAAGAAUUAAAGGCUGCAACACUCUGAACAGCUCCAAAGUUAUAAGGUUAUAAGAAAAGGAGGAUAAUUAUUUUUUUUAUAGUGAAACUUCUUAGCUAUUAAUAAUGCAAAUUACUUCAAUGUUUAAAUAUUCACAGUUCUUUUAAAGCUGCUGGAAAUGGCAGUGCCUGGACCUGGCAAAGGGGCAGCUGAGAAGGGCAGAGCUGGUCUGGGGGAUUUCAGCACAGCCUGACCCUCCUAGGGUGCCCAGAGCACAUCCUCAUCCUCCCUUCUCUCCCCACAUCCUUCAGCUCAGCCCAGCGUUCCAGGCACUGUGAGUAUCACGCUGGGCUCAGAGUGGAGAGGAGCCAGCCCCAGCCCAUGAGGUUGGGCUUGUCCCACCCACACAGGCACCGGUCCCUGUCCCUCACAAACAUCAGCCCACAGGUCACAGCUCCACCUCUGCCUCUCAGCUGUGCCUUCAGAAAGGAACAUGCCACUGGCUCCAUCUGGGGGAGGUCCCUGCAGCCCCCCAGGGGUCCUGAAUAACCUCUGCAGUUUAUGUUGUCUCUUUUUUCAGUUUGGGUUUUUGUUGUUCUUCAGGACUGUGUGAAUAUUGCUUGGAGCAAUCCAAAAGCAAGAGUUGCAGAAGCACAGCACUCUUCAGCUGGGUAACAGAGCUAACACACACCACUGUGAAAUGCCAUUGCACUGAGGCACACUGCUGCACUUGAAACAAUGCUGUGAAUAAGAAACUGUACCUAGUGAACCAACUGCCAGGAUUGUCUGCAGUGAGUCUAGGCUUAAUCUGAAGUACCCAAAGCCUUAAUAGAGCAUGGAAAUCCUGUGGCUGAACUGAGUGCCCAACACUUACCUUCCUGUGGAAAUGAUGGUGCCACUACCAGCACCUUUGGGCUCAUCCCCUGCUCCUGCCACAGCCAGGAUGGCUGCACUGCUGUGCCAGCCUGACUCCAGCCGGGCCUGAGUGAAGCACAUCCCAGCUUGGAAGCCUUACCCAGUUCACAGAAAACAAACCCUACAACAUGCUGACAAAGUGCCUGUACUAUCAGGAAAGGGGAUUCCAAAGGCAGCUGAAAAGGCUGACUUGUCUUUGGGAUUUAUCUGGUACUGUUGCAGUCAGCGCUCAGCCUGUGGCUGGCUGUUUGUGUGUGAGAUAUGAGAUGUGCCCACAGUGGGUUUGUACUGCCCAGGUACCUUGCCUUAGAUCUUGUUACCAGUGUUCCAGCUUCCCAUUGGCCUAGUUUGAUCAGGGAACAGAGCACAUGCAGGAUUCAGUUGCAUUUUAGUUCACCCAGCCAGGGGCAAAUAAGGCACAGCCAGAAUGCUGUGGGCAUGUUUUGCCAGAGCCCUCGCUGCCUGCUCUGACUGCAGUGACUUUGUACUUGCAUUGUUGAGUCUCUCAUUUCCCUUGCUUUUAGAAUAUGCAGCAAUAAACUCCAUGCUGGACCAGAUCAACUCCUGCUUGGAUCACCUGGAGGAGAAGAACGAUCACCUCCACAUCUGCUUGAAGGAACUGCUGGAGUCCAACCGCCAGACCCGGCUGGAGUUCCAGCAGCAGAGCAAGCAGCUGAACACAGGAGCUGAUGUGCAGGGAUCCCAGCCUCCUGCCUAGAGUCUGACCACACACACAGCUGGUGUUGCUAAAGGACAGUUACUGGUCACCAAUUUAAUGUAAAACUUGAAUAGCAGAGGUGCCUCGUUUCUGUUACUUGUUCCUUUCUGUGUUGUAUCCUGCCAUUCAUCUCCAUGUUCUGUUUUCCUUUAGCUGUGAGACAGGUGCAGAAGCACAAAGGUGGCUGUAGGAGAGCUGGUUCUUUCUGCUCCCCAACAUGAGCCUGACACUCACGCUUGGUUAGAGCUGAUUGUAGGAAACCUGAGCCCAUGCAGGUAGUUUGCAGGCAGGCCCUCUUCACAAAGUGGAAAAAAUUAUCCCUGCUCUCUUUUUCUUAAAUCCAACAAGGAGUAUUAUGGCUUUACCCCCUUUGGCAGGGGCUGUCCUGACUCCAGGCUUGUCCCUAAGUGUAAUGACACUGGAGAAGAUGAUUGAGCCCUGAGGAGGGCUUAGGGUAGCUGCUGCCUUGAAGCUACAGCUUCUUCUCCCUUAGUCACAUUAACUGUGAUGUAUGAAAUACUGGCAUGUGGUUCCAGAUCACUGGACACUUCCACUCCAUUCCAAGCAGAUAAGACAAGCUACCAGGGUGAUGCUUCUGACCAUUGUAACUGGAAGCUGCCCCACUCCUUCAGCUGCCAUUAAGGACCAAGGUGUGGAGAGAGGCAGAGCAGCCUGGUGAGCCCCCACCACAGCAUCAGCAACACAGAGCAGAGCCCUCCCUGCACAUUCUGACAAGGCACGAGAGGUUUGCUCUGUACUUUGUGAUCCUGUCAGUAUGUCCUAGAGCCAGCACUUGUGAAGCAAGUCUUACUGUUCUACUUAUGUAGUGUUAAAGGAGUUUUUUGGAAAGUUAAAAGAGGUUAUUUAAAAGAAAUCCGUUUUAUUAAAAUCAGUUUGAAACAAACUUUGUUCCUGAGAGUCUCCACUAUGAGAACAGAUUGGAUUAAGCCUUGUGGUAUUAACAAAGGACCAAGGUGCAUGUUUUUGCCUAGCUUAGGACUUGUCCAAGACUGCUUGUCCAACAGUGUGUAUCUUAGAAAGGAAAGUGUUCUGAGAAGCAGAAUUCAGCAGAGUCUCUCAAGAGAUAAACAUUUUCUCUGGAAAGGAAACGAGAGGAACUACAAAGAAUUCUUAAAUCUGCAUCCAUCACUCCGUGACGUUUGUCCCCUAUGGAAAUCCCAUUACCAUCUUCUUUCAGGUUCAACAAUCCCAAGCCUCAGUCUUUCCACAUAACUGCUGUAUCCCAACUGUACAAGUAAUAAGCAACACUAUCCUGUAUUAGACACGCUAAAGCCAGGCUUAUUUAUUCUUAAAAUAAAAACAGCAGUAAAGUUGAA